AUAACGAGAUCAAUAAAAAAUUGCUUCGAAAUAUGAAUUGAAAAAAGAAAAAUUGAAAAAUCACCAAGACUGCGGAUAAAGAAAAUGGACUUUAUUGGCAAAGAAAUUGAGGAUAUUAAAGGCAGGUUAAAGAAUAUGGUAGACUGUGCAGCAAUUAUUGGUUGCAACAGACAGCUCAUACAAAUAAAGCUCGUCAAAACUCCACACAGACAAUUGCUUUGUCAAUUCCAGUUUCCCGAAAAUUAUCCAGAUAACCCAAUCAUCAUUGAACUGAAAAGCAAUUUAUUUGAAGUUAAAGUUCUGUGUUUACUGAGUGAAAGAUGUGAUGUAGAGGCAAAGAAAUUAGUUGGCAGGGCUCAGGUAAUUUCCAUGACAAAAUUCAUAUCAAAGUUUCUGGAUGAUAACCCCUUAAUGGUUUGUUCAGAAGAAGUAUCAUACAUAAAGAAGUCGUUAGUUGACAGUCAAGAUGACCUGAAAAUAAAGCAAAAAUCUGGUGUUCUUAGGUAUAAAAUAUGUCAAGACAGAUAUUUCCUAGAUGUGAAAGUAACAGUUCCAGAAUUUUAUCCAACAGAUUGUGUAAGGGUUGAAAAUAAAAGCUGCAAUUUCCCAACAUUUUUAGAGACACAUUUUAUGGCAGAAAGUAUUGAAAUAGCAAGAAGAUGUGUGGAGCCACCUCUGAAAAAGGACCCAAAAGCACCACCUUUUCAACCUGCACCAUCAUUAAAGCAAGUUGUAUCGUAUCUUGUUAAAGACUGCAUAAAAAAGUUCCCUGGUGGUAUUUGCAAACUUUGUGGUAAACGUGCUCUUCCUAAAAACCCUGAGGACUAUCCUGAAAACCCAGAUGAUGAAAAAGGGGUCGUUUGGAUUUAUUGCAAUCAUAUUUACCAUCUUGGCUGCAUGGACGCCUAUAUGAAAACACCACCAUUUACAGGUGGGAAAAAAUGCAUCGAAUGUGGAAAGGUUGUUUAUCACGAUAGGUGGAAUAUAAGUCCAAAACUGGCUGAAGAACGUUGGGCACAUCAAGAAGCAAGGAAACGUGAAAUUGAUGAGGUCGCAGACUUUUUAGAUUUAAUGUAGAAUCUUGCUAUUUUGUGAGAAUACAUGUACAUUCAAAUGAAUUUAGGAUAACAAUUAUUUGUAAUUGUGUGUCCCUAUUUUUAAAUUCUUAAGAUCUAUUGAUCAACAAGACCUAAUUUUCGAUUGUUCAAUAAUAUCAAGGAGAGGGAAUUAGGUAAGCGAAGUCCUAAACAUGGUCUACCAAACGGAAUAAUUACACCUUACUACUAUGAUUUGUCGACGAAAUAUAUCUACGUAAUCGAUAAAGAUUCAUUUUAUACUAUCCACAUUUAACAAGACUCACUUUGGUAACAAAACUGACUUAAUUAAACUGAUUUUAUUGUAUUCAGAAUCAUGUAAUGCUAACUGUAUAUUUUGUAACAAGUCUCGAUUAAGGUGAGCCAAGAAGAUUUUUGGCCCA